AUGAAUGAAAAAAAUAGAUAUAACCGUUUAAGAGUGUUUACAGCAGCUUUUAGUAUGUUAGUUGCAGGAAUCUGGUGGAUGUUGGCACUUUUUUCAAGAUCGUAUCAUUAUUUAAUAGUUUCCUUUCCAAUAGGUAAUUAUCUUUCAAUGGAUAUAUCUUUAUGGAAUAUUUGGGCAUCCUCAGAUUGUAAUCCUACAAUGUUAAAUGGCAGAUUGAACUUUGAUUUUUGUAGGUGGGUUAUUUCAAAUAUAGAUGGUAAUUCUAUAGGAGAAGUUAUGAGGUUUCUUUGUUUACGAGGAUAUGGAUUAACUUCCGAGGAGUCUAAUUGCACAACAUUUUCAAACUUAUAUACAGCUUCAGCAGCAAUGAUUUCAUCUAUAAUAAUAAUUAUUGCAUUAUUGGUUUCAGCUCCUAUUUGGUUAAUAAUUUUAUAUUUUAGAGGAUCAAAUAAGAAGAUUAGAUCGAUUGUACUUACUCAGUUAUUAUUAGCAUCAGCUGUUUCUUUACUUUCAUUAUUCCUUUAUACUUCAAUUGGAGGUUUUCAUGCUGAGUUUAAUGGUUUUGGUAAUGCCAUCAAAACUAAUCGUCUUUCUUCUCUUUUCUUUGAUUCUUCUACAUUGAAUUCAGGGUUUUACAUUUCUGUGACUGCGGCUGCUAUUACUAUUUUCUUAAUCCCAUGGAUUAGUUAUAUUAUCAAAAAUGUUGAAAAUGAAGAAGUUGAUUCUACCAGCUACGUUUCUGCUCUUAAACAAACUUACUAUAAUUACAGAUUGGAGGAUGAGAUUGCUGAGACUGAGAGACUAAUUCACAAACUUAGGACUGGUCCUAUAAUUUAA